AUGACCUUUGCGGCAGCUGCCGACUUUGAGCCCUACCAACUCAAUGGUGGUCUCGUUGCCGCCGUUGCCGGACGCGAUUUUGUGGUACUAUCAACCGACACACGACUCAUGGGACCCAGUGGAUACGAUAUAUUGGAACGCAACCAUGUCAAAAUCGAAACCACCAAUUCUGGCGAACUAAUUGUCCAUGCAUCUACAAAACUUGUCUACGCGCCCACUUUCGUUGGAUCAUCAGGGUGUAACGCGGACUGUGAAAUGUUGAAACGAACCGUACGCGCUGAUACAAGGGCUGCUUUUUACCAUGGAGAAUCUGAUAUUCAAACCGCUGCCGUGGCCACGCUUUUGGGACAAAUGCUGUACAGCCGACGCGGUUUUCCGUUUUACAGCUUUUGUGUCGUCGGAGGGAUGGAGAACGGAGCUGGAAAAGUUUAUGUCUAUGAUGCGAUUGGAUCCUACGAGCAAGUCGGUGUAGCAACGUCAGGAACAGGUCGAGAGCUCCUACAGCCUAUACUCGAUCGUUCCUUUCGCUCGCGGGAGGUGUUUCGAUCCACCAUUGAAUCUGAGUUGCCGAAACAAGUCAUGCUCCCAGUUGCGCCGAGGCAAGUAGAUUGUUCGAAGGACGAAGCGAUUUCAAAACUCGUCGAUGGCUAUCGAUCCGUUUCUGAACGAGAUAUUGGUGUUGGCGAUCGAGUU